GAGAAAAAGGGGUUAAUUUGAAAAUCAAAAUAUAAACACGAUUUUAAACGUCAUAAACAAAAACCCUAAUUUUGAUAUUUUCAUAAUAAUUAAAACUUUAUCGAAAAAAAAAAUAGUAAAAAAGGCAUGUUGUGAAAUUUUUAAAAAGCAGUAGUGUCAAAAAUGAGGUUAAGUGUGGACGGCCUUAUAGUAUAUUUUCCUUAUGAAUACAUAUACCCGGAACAAUAUGCCUAUAUGUGUGAGCUUAAAAAGGCUCUGGAUGCCAAGGGCCAUGGACUGCUUGAGAUGCCUUCUGGCACUGGAAAAACAACCACUUUACUAUCCCUCAUAGUGGCAUAUAUGAUAGAAAACCCUCACAGUGUUAGGAAGUUAAUAUAUUGCUCUAGAACAGUUCCAGAAAUUGAAAAAGUCAUGGAAGAACUGAAAAAGUUACUGGAUUAUUAUGAAAAACUGGAUGGACAGUACCCGAGCUUGGUUGGACUAGUCCUUAGCUCCAGAAAAAAUAUGUGUAUACAUCCCCAAGUAAGUGCAGAAAGAGAAGGAAAAAUUGUAGAUGGCAAAUGCCACAGUCUUACAGCAAGUUAUGUGAGAGAAAGACAUAACAUAGAUGACACCACACCAGUAUGCCAAUAUUAUGAAGGGUUUGCUUUAGAUGGCAAGGAGAGUAAUUUACCUUAUGGUGUUUAUGGAUUAGAUGAAAUAAAACAAUAUGGGAGAGAUAGAAAUUGGUGCCCCUAUUUUUUGUCUAGGUUUGCUAUAGUCCAUGCAAAUAUUGUGGUCUAUAGUUACCACUACCUCCUGGAUCCUAAAAUUGCCGAUGUGGUCUCAAAAGAGCUGGCAAAAGAGUCCGUAGUAAUAUUCGAUGAAGCUCAUAACAUUGAUAAUGUCUGUAUUGACUCAAUGAGCGUCAAAAUACAUAGAAGAAUCAUUGAGAGAGCGACUGCUAACAUUGGUACAUUAGAAAAACAUGUUUCAGAGAUGAGGGACGAAGAUAGCAGGAAGCUUCAGGAAGAGUACCAAAGGCUUGUGGAGGGUUUGAGAGAUGCCAGUGUGGCCAGAGAAACGGAUAUGAUCCUUUCAAAUCCAGUAUUGCCUGAUGAAGUGCUCCAGGAGGUUGUGCCAGGAAAUAUUAGAAAUGCUGAACAUUUUAUUGGUUUCUUAAAGAGAUUUGUGGAAUACUUGAAAACAAGGUUACGGGUACAACACGUCGUUCAAGAAUCUCCAGUUGGUUUUCUCAAGGAUGUCCAACAAAAAGUGUGCAUAGAGCGAAAACCUCUGCGAUUCUGCGCAGAACGCUUGGCAUCCCUUUUGCGCACCUUAGAAAUCACCGAUAUGACAGAGUUCGGUCCUUUGACGCUAAUCACGCAUUUGGCAACGCUGGUAUCUACGUACACCAAGGGUUUUACCAUUAUCGUAGAGCCGUUCGAUGAUAAAACUCCCACUGUAUCUAAUCCAAUACUUCAUUUUAGCUGUCUAGAUUCAUCAAUAGCCAUCAAACCAGUCUUCGAUAGGUUCCAAACUGUAGUGAUAACGUCUGGAACGUUAUCGCCUUUGGAUAUGUACCCGAAAAUUUUAAAUUUUCAUCCGGUAGUGAUGUCUUCGUUUACGAUGACCCUGGCUAGACCCUGUUUACUUCCAAUGAUUGUUUCCAAAGGUAAUGAUCAGGUGGCCAUCUCCUCAAAGUUCGAAACCAGAGAAGAUAAUGCCGUGAUACGUAAUUAUGGACAACUUCUAGUUGAGGUAGCUGCCAAUGUUCCUGAUGGCAUAGUAUGUUUCUUCACCUCCUAUUUAUACUUAGAGUCAGUUGUUGCUGCCUGGUACGACCAAGGUGUCAUAGAUAGUUUACAGCGAUACAAAUUGCUGUUUAUUGAAACUCAGGACUCUGCGGAAACUAGUUUUGCAUUGAUGUAUUAUAUUAAGGCUUGCGAAUCAGGACGUGGUGCAGUUCUUUUAUCAGUAGCCCGGGGCAAAGUAUCAGAAGGUAUUGAUUUCGAUCAUCAUUUAGGAAGGGCGGUACUGAUGUUUGGAAUUCCUUACGUUUACACUCAAUCAAGAAUUUUAAAGGCCAGACUCGAUUACUUAAGAGAUCAAUUUCAAAUCAGGGAGAAUGAUUUUCUUACAUUCGACGCCAUGAGACACGCGGCCCAAUGCGUCGGACGAGCUAUAAGAGGGAAAACCGAUUACGGUAUUAUGAUUUUUGCGGAUAAAAGGUUUUCGAGGGCGGACAAGAGGUCCAAGUUGCCCAAAUGGAUUCAGGAACAUUUGAAGGAUAGUUUGUGUAAUUUGUCUACUGAGGAAGCCGUGCAGAUAGCCAAAAGAUGGUUAAGACAAAUGGCCCAACCAUUCACGAGAGAAGAUCAACUAGGUGUGUCACUUUUAACUUUAGAGCAACUACAGAAAUUAGAAGAAAAGAAACAGGAACAAGCCCAAGAAAAGAUGGAAACUAAUUAGAUUUUGAUAGGAAGAGUACAAUCCAUAAGUGCUUUUUUGUACCUUCGUAUAGUUUAAGCAAUAAAACAAUUAUUUCAAUAAA